AUGUGUAUUACAUAUGUGUCACGUGCCAUGCUACCUGCAAAGAUCCUCCUGUAUUUGUGUAUCAUCACGUUCCUAAGCUUACAUGUAGGCGUAUCAGCACAGGAAGUAAAUAAACUACAGGUUGCAACUGUAUUGAAAUACAAUGAUCCUCUUACCGUUGACCCAUGUAACCCUAAACCAACAGAAUCAUCUAGUAUCAUUAGUUUUGAUGGAACACUGAUUGACUCAGUAUGGUGGGAAUAUAUAAAGAGAGCAAGAAAUCUUCCGAAAAAAUUUAGAAGUAACUUCAAGGACAGAUCAUGUCAAAAAAUAGCUCAACUCAAACCAGACAUGAGAAGAUAUUACUGGGAGAUAGCAUGUCCGUACACAGUACACUGGCUGAGCAAGUUCACCAGGAAAAUACCAACAAAUCCUUUCCUGACAGAAACCUGCUACAUUCUGUAUCCGUGCAGAGAACAAAUUAGAAUUGUCAACUGUACUUCAACGGAAUGUAAGAUACGGUGCCAUACACCACACCCACACGUCGAAAAUUCUGUGUGUUUAGAGAGUAAUUUCGUCGAAUACAAAAAAGUCCUUGCGUUUUGUAUUCAUACUCACAAGAAGACAAAGGGGAAAUGGGAAGAGGUUAACUGCAGGAUGUUUCCACAUUUCUGUCUGAAAAAGGUAACUAUUCGAGUACCACAGACCUGUGAGUGUUGGUCUUGCUGGGACAUGUACCGCACCGACCCUAGUAUGAUUUCUCGCUAUGAGGCUGCGCAACGAGGAAAGAAAUGAAAUAUUUCCAUUUUUUUGUGAAAAUUGUAACCCAAAAUUAUAUAAAGUAACAAAAUAGA